GUCGAGCACCCGGAUGUAAUUAUUCCUUCUCUCCUUAACAUUGUGAGGACAAGGAGUUACUCUUCAGUUAGGCUAGCGGCAGUGCUGGAGUAGGCUCUCAAACAGGUCAACUCUCUCUUUCAUUUUCUUUAGAAAGGGGUAAACUAGUUCAUCAUGGCGCCACGUGUUGUGUGCAUCAUCGCAACGUUGGCUCUGAUUGGCUGCAUGUUUCAAGGAGCAUGCGCAGUAGACCGUGUCUAUUACAUCGCAGCGGUGGAGGAGGAGUGGGACUAUGCGCCCAGUGGGAUGAAUAACAUAACAGGAGCUGCAUUCCAGCCAAAUACUGAAGAAACGGACAAGAUGGUCCGUAGCGCAACACGCAUCGGUCGCGUUUACAAGAAGGCUCUGUUUCGUGAAUACACCGAUGCUACCUUUACCGAGCGGUCACCUCGACCGGUCUGGCUAGGCAUGAUGGGACCGGUCAUUAAGGCAGAGGUUGGAGACAAGGUCAUCGUUCACUUCCGGAAUAUGGCUUCUCGUCCAUACUCUAUUAAUCCCGGAGGUCUGGGGUAUACUAAAUCUGCAGAAGGUGCACUGUACAAUGAUGGUACCUCUGGGAACCAGAAAGCAGAUGACACCGUGCAGCCGAAUACCACAUUCAUCUAUCGCUGGAACACCGGGAAAGCAGGGCCUAAGCAGCAGCAAACUGAGAAUUGUAUUGGAUGGCAAUACACCUCACAUCGCUUCCCAUCUCAAGACCAGAACGCUGGGCUGGUUGGUGUCACGAUCAUUUGCAAACAAGGAUUCUUGGCUAGUACUGACAAAGAUAUAGUUCUGAACUACGGUCAUAUCGAUGAAAACCAGAGCUGGUAUAUUGAUGAGAACAUCAGGACAUAUGCAUCAGGAGUUACACCAGCUAUGAAAGACUCCAAAGAAUUCAUAGGAAGCAAUUUGAUGUACGCCGUCAACGGAUAUGCGUACGGUAACCUGCCUGGUCUGGAGGUGUGCCAAGGCGAUCAGAUCAGAUGGUUCAUAUUCAACUUCGGAGGAGAGACGGGUAUCCAUAGCGUGUUCUUCAAUGGGAAUCCGCUGGAACUUGAUGGAAAGAGAGCAGACAACAUCCCCAUCAUCCCUGGCCCAGUGAAUGUGGUAACCAUGGAAGCCAUGAACCCUGGGGUGUGGCUUCUAUCAUCUCUUUCUACAACUGAUGCUUUAAAUGGUGGCAGUGCCUUGUACAAUGUUCGAUCAGACUGUGGUACGACUGGAGGAUCCGGUGGUGGUACGACCGGAGGAUCCGGUGGUGGUACGACCGGAGGAUCCGGCGGUGGUACUGCCUCUGGGAAGGUGGUAGAGCACUUCAUCGCCAUUCAAGAAGUGGACUGGAACUACGCCCCCUUUGCCAGUAAAUCACCCACUGGAUCUGGGCCCAUCUUCCGUAAGGCCAUGUUCGUCGGAUACACGGAUGCCACAUACCAGAGGUUUAAUGUGCGUAGCCAAGACGAACAGUACAUGGGGUUGAUAGGUCCAAUUAUCAGAGCGGAAGUAGGGGAUAACAUCCGGGUCACGCUCAUGAAUGGUGCCACCAGGGCUUACAACAUACAUCCGAAUAACGUCAUGUACACCAAGGCGAACGAAGGCUAUCCUUAUGCAGAUGGGAUCCCAGCGAAUCAAGUAUCCGGUGACUCUGUUGCCCCUGGGGGAACAUACACCUACAAUUGGACUAUUCCAUCUUCCUACGGUCCUACUGCAAGUGAUCCAGACUGUAUCACUGGAAUCUACUACUCUACGGCGGGGGGUGAUCGCGACCUCCACGCUGGGUUGGUGGGACCACUCAUCGUCUGUAAACCAGGCAAAUUGAGCAGUAAUGGAACACAGGCUGGUGUAGACCAGGAGGUCGUAACACUCAUUCUGUCCAUGAACGAGGAGAGAAGCUGGUACUGGCCUCGUAAUCGAAAUGUCCGCUACAACUCAGACUUUCCUGUCGAGGAAUUGAGAACUAUCAACGGUUACGUGAGCGAGAACCUCCCAACCCUUGGUCUAUGCGUGGGUGAUCAUGUCCGAUGGCAUGCACCUUGUAUAGGAAACGAGGAGACAUACAUGGGUCUUCACAUCCCCUACCAGACCUUCGAGUACAAAGGUCGACGGGCCAACACGUUGCCAUUGGUUCCGGGUCAAACGGAAGAAGUUGAUUUCACAGUUGGAAGUCCAGGCACCUGGAUCAUCAACGGUAACGUCUACAACUAUGACCUUGAGGUGAACUACACUGUAUCAGAUUGCUACAGGACUCUGGACUCUCAGAAAGCCAUGAAGAAGGAGAGGACUAUCUUCCUAGCUGCCGAGGAGGUCAUCUGGGACUUCUCACCCACGGAGUACGACUACAUCAGGAAUCAGAGCCUGUCUGAUCCCAAUAGUGAAGGAUAUUACUUCGUGAAAGAAGGCCCCACCUACAUCGGCAGACAAUACAAGAAGGUUCGUUUCGUACAGUACACCGACGAGACAUUUACGACUCCUAAGAAGCGUAGUUACUGGGACCAACAUCUUGGUAUCAUGGGUCCAUUCAUACGUGCUGAGGUGGACGAGACUGUGAAGAUUGUCUUCAGGAAUAACGCAACCAGGCAAUACUCCGUCAAUGCACAUAACCUUCCGGGUCAGGUCACGGAGUACAUGGGUCAGACCUUCAAUGAACCACUUCCUGUUCAACCUGGCGAAACUGCUAUUUACAGAUGGACUAUGCUAGAAAAAGCUGGCCCGACUGACAGCCAAUCAAACUGUGUGGUGUGGCCGUACUACUCCAGCAUCGUUACCAAGAAAGACACGAACUCCGGCCUGAUCGCACCGUUCAUCGUCUGCCGGAAAGGUACCCUCAACAGCCAGGGACAGCGUACGGAUGUCGACCACGACUUCGCUCUACUCUACACCAUCUUCGACGAGAACGACAACUGGUACUUGGACGAUAACAUCCGGAUGUUUACAACCCAACCCAACCAGGUUGAUAAGGAAUCAGAAGACUUUGAAGGCAGCAACGAUGCAUUCACCAUCAACGGUUACAUCUUUGGCCAUCCGCUCAACAUAAGCAUGGCGGUUGGUGACAACAUCGCAUUUUACAUCAUCGUCGUAGGGGGCGGUGCUGAUGUCCAUUCGAUCAAUUUCCAUGGCCACACGGUCACAGAGAAGACGCGAGUGAUCAAGAAUCUUGACAGUGUGGCUACUCUGCCAGGAGAUUUUAUAACGGUUGAGCUGGAGGCGACUAGUCGAGGGACCUGGCUUCUGCACGAUGCUGUCAACAAACACUCCGACUUAGGGGCAGAGACUCGAUACACUGUGUACGCCAAGAAAUCGGAUAUCCCAUGUGGACCCGAGUGUGCGACAGCGGCAAGGCCUCCGACCGGAGCUGCGGGGAGAUUGGAGUCUACAAUCUGCUCUUUGGUCGCUGCUCUCAUCAUAGGGGCGUUGAUGUCUUUUGAAUGAGUAAAAACUACCUUUUUAAUCUGAAAAUUUUACCCUGGUGCAUAAUGCGCUUUACAAUAACGAUUUUUUUUUUUUUUCAAUAAUUUUUUUUAAAACCUAUUGUUUUUAGUGUAAUCUCAAACGUGGAAAUGUACGCAGGAAAAACUCUUGCAUAAAGAGCGUUAGACAGGGGUGAGAUAUCAAUUAAUUUUUUAUUAAUAAAUUUUUCCCUGUCCAUUCUUUCUUUCGUUUUAUUUUUGUUAUUUGAUAUACUACAUGAAAGUCAACGUCAAAUUCGAUGCAGUUAAAACCGUCAUAAUAUGAACGUAUGUUAGAUCAAAAUAAAUCAUCCCUAUCUGUUGGUCUAAUUGGCGUUGAAUUCAUACAUAAAGUCGUUUAAGAAAUGCAAUGAUGGGGUCUUUGAGACUGUGAAUUCUUGUAAAUUUUAGAAAUCCCAUUUUGUGUAGGGGUGUACUCCAUAAUUAGAGUGUUAUUGUGUCUAUCAAUAAAUGGGUGUGUGUUCAUAUAUUAUAGAGAAGUAUCAUCCUUUUUAGACUGACUUCAUUUUAUAUACUAGUAUAGAGUCCAGAUAGACAGUCAAGAAAAAAUAGACUAAUGUACAUUUCAAAUGUAAUCUCUCUUUGAAGAGUUGAAUUAUUCGGUAGACUAUAAACUCACUUACUUUUAUAUGGUGUAUAGUCAUAGUUUAUGUCUUCUGAGAUUUUUCUGCUGUCAUAGAAUUUGUAUAUUUUUGGUGAUUUUUAUAUAGCUUGUAGAUUACAAGUUUAAAACCAUAUUAGACUAGUUUGACCAUAAUUUAUUAUGUUAUAAGAAUAUUUGUAUACGUUAAGAGCAAUCUUAGUUGUAGCUUAAAUAUCAAUUCAUGAAUUUUAUUUCCAUUGUGUCGAAUUAUGCCUUUCGAAACAUGAAACCUAAGACCGUAAGCUUCAAAUCAAAUGCUUUUACUGUUUCAGUUGUCAUUAACUGUAUUAAAUCCAACAAAUACAGUGUACAUCAAAAUAUUGAAAACAAAGAAAGUUAAUAUUCCAUGAUCUUUAUCAAAAUUUACCCGAUGGAGCUUAGAAAUAAAAGGAAAGUUCUUGUCUGAACAUGGAUACCUUGUACUUGCAUCAGUCACUAAUGUCACGCAUGACUGAAUAAACUUAUAUUCAAGGUGUCAGAUACAAUCUCAUUAUCACAAGUGUUUAUCAAGAAAAAGGGGGUGACAAGUUUAGAAGAUUCUUAGAGAAGCUUGAUAAUGUUGGUAGUGUAAAUAUGGUCCAUGUUUGCGGUUUUAUUUUCAAUAAACAGAUGCAUCUUUUUCCUGGUACCGUA